AUGGAUUCCGGUAACCUACCAGGCUCGUCUUCAUCAAGCCAGUCACAAGGACUCAACCGUGGUUCAUUCCCAAGCUCAUCGUUGGUUCAAACAAGGCCACCUCAUGACACCAAUGGUGUAAGAUCAUCAACAAAGAAUCUCAAGAAGCGAACAAGGGCAUCGAGGAGGGCACCCACUACAGUUCUCGCCACCGACCCAAGGAAUUUUAGAGCAAUGGUGCAAGAAUUCACAGGAAUCCCUGCACCACCAUCAUAUUCUCCAAGGCUCGACCUUUUAGGCUCUGGCUCAGGUAUUCGGUCCGGUCAUUUGGAACAAUCGGGUUCUGUCUACCCUCUACGUCCCUCAGCUAAAAGGGUACUUCAACCAACUCCAUUUGCAUCCUCAUCAUCUUCUCAUUUAUCCCUAAAUAAUCUUUUACUUGAUCCUUCUGAUUUGCCUCAGAAAAUGUUAAACUUGGAAAAUCAGAGCCCCAUUUUACCUUUUCAGUUCUUCCAAGACCCUCAUAAUAUGCUUGGCUUGGGGGUCAAGUCCCAUGGAAGCUCUUUCCCAUCACUUGAUGAACUGGUGUUAAGCCAUGGUCAAGUCGAUGUCAACCUGGUUAGCUCAGCACGUCAUAGAAACUGGAUAGAUGGGGUUGGAUUGAACUUUGAUCAUUUGAGGGUUUUAGAUUGGACUCGUGAAAACACAUGA